CAUCUGAUUAGAAAGCUUGGGAAACCCUAAUCACCCCCCUCCAGCAGAAAAAAAAGAGUAAUACCCCAUGUGCGCACGCACCCCUGAAACGCCUCAGUUUCAGCUCGAACGCGCAGAGCUCAUUCAGUCAUUCUCGGUACUCGACUCUGAAGUCUCAACAGGCUCUUCGUGAUACGGGCGAAGGGCAUGGAACAUGUCACUAGUCGAGACCUCUGAACGAGAGGAGGCGUAUAGGGCCAGCCUAGCAUCUCAACCGAAGGAUGUCGAGCCAGAAUCCGUAUAUGAGAGACUAGAAAUUGCUGGGAAAGGCGCCUAUGGAGCAGUGUAUAAGGCUCGCCACAUCCCUACGGGGCAUAUCGUCGCGCUCAAGAUCAUAAAUCUCGAUACCGAGGACGAUGAUGUGGCCGAUAUCAAAAGGGAGAUUUCCCUCCUGCAACAACUCAUGAUGGACGCUUCGGGUCCUACCAAUGUGACAAUGUACUACGGUAGCUUGAUGCAGGGCCCGAAAGUAUGGAUCAUCAUGGAGUAUGCCGAGGGCGGAAGUGUUCGAACACUGUCCCGAGCUCAACCUUUGAAAGAGUUGCAUAUUUGCCUCAUCAUAAGGGAGGUGCUGGUAGCUUUGGCAUUCUUACACAGAAAUGGAGUGAUCCAUCGGGACCUAAAGGCUGCGAACAUUCUCCUCUCGGUAUCCCCUAUCAGGGUCCUGCUUUGCGAUUUCGGAGUCGCCGCUCUGCUUGCUUCUUCAACUUCGAAAAGAUCCACUUUCGUCGGCACACCCUAUUGGAUGGCUCCGGAAGUAGUCACAGAAGGCAGGCUGUAUGAUUUCAAAGCUGACAUCUGGUCACUCGGUAUCACUCUCUUAGAAAUGGCUUACGGCGAGCCUCCGCUUUCUGGCCAGCCUGCAGCUCGAGCAGUCAUGAUGCUUGGCGAUAGGAAAAUGCGAGCGCCGAGACUGGAGGGAUCGGAAUGGUCUCGGGAUAUGAAGGAUUUCGUCACUGGGUGUUUGAACGAAGAGCCGAGUGAUAGGUCGCCGGCCGAAGAGCUGGCGAAGAUGAGAUGGAUAAGGAAUCAGGUCAAGACUCCUCUAGCGCCCUUACAGGACCUUAUCACACGCUUUCAAACUUGGAAAGAGAGCGGUGGGCAGAGGCAGAGUCUUGCCCCGGGAGUUGGAGCUGCGAUCGAUGACGACGAGAUCGAUGAAGAUGGGGUGCCGUAUGGUGAUUGGGCCUUUGAUGUAGGUCCGAAAACGACGGGAAAUAUCAGUCUGAUCUCUAUGCAGACUGUCCGCUCUCGUAUGAGCCUAAUCCGCACCGAUGGAGAGGAUGUCGGUGAGGCCGUGACAAUCGGCCCGGCCAAUUCCCGACCAGCGCCGAUGUCAAUCCGCAAGCUGUUUCACAACGAAGGAUCCAAUGAGCCUGAUCCCUUCAAGUCCACCGACAACCCCCCAUCGAUGCCCGAUCUCCCAGGUCAAGGUCCCACUCGGAACGGCGAUGCGUCAACAGUGCGUCAAAGGAUUGAAGAAUUCCCCCGGGAUGAGCCAACGUCUGGCUCGGGUCAAGGCUCCAAUGAAGGAGCCUCAAUGCAGUCCCUCAUGGCUCGAGAGAUGGUAUCGAACGACCCAUUACCUCUUCCUCCAUCUUUCGAUCGCCCACUUCGCUCCAAAGGCAGCUCAGACUCGCUCGCAUCGAAUCCCCCAGCCAGAGGGCAGCCUGAAUAUCUUCAGCGAGAUGGAUCCUCUAACGGUGGGCCUCGCCGACCAGGUGGUGGGUCAGUUGGAGAAGGUCUCCGCGGUUUCCACUUUCCAUUGGUCAGCAAAGGACCUCCUCCAGCAUCUGCUCAGGAUCGAAGCUUCAAUUCAGUAACACCUGCGCUGCCUCGUCCGGCAGGGAUGCAACGCAAUCAUUCUGCAGCCCCCUUCUUUUUCUCUAAUGAUGCGCCUUCAAAGGCAUCGGCAGGGCCAGGACCUUCCAGUCUUGCAAGCAUGACUAGACCACCCAUGAUGCGUCAGGCUUCAGUCACAGUCAUGGAAGGCAGAUCACAAGCACAGGCACACGCUCUUGCCCUGGCUGGAGUCGAUGAUGAUGAUCUCCUAUCCCCUACACUUCCUCUGGCGCCACCUCGGCCCGCCUUUAGUCAAGGCAUCGGUAUGACAAGAACGAGGAGUGGCAGUCGCGUCGGCGCCGAGUCGGCUACUAGUCUGCGCGGUCUCUUAAAGCUAUCAACAAGCGUUCCAGAAGGUCCAGACAUCCUACCGCCAUCUCCAAGUGCCACUUCGGUACCGCAGCAUUUCUUCCCGGCACCAUCGCCACUCGCGCUGGAUGGGCGAGCGCAGAGACCGGCUCCUACCGCCAUUCGCAAUCCUAACGAUAUGCCGAAUCUGCGGACGACAAGGCAGACAGCGGUCCUUCGAUCGCUGGAACUCGGUCGACUGGACAAUGAGCUGAGAGUGUGGUUGGAAAUGGUGGAGGCAGACCUUGACGUCCUUUUGGAACGACCUCGCAUAGCAUGGGAGGAGUCUACCGUCUCCACGGUCUGA